AUGGCCUCGUCGUGGGAAUCGAAAGUCGCGAGCGUUCGUGAACACCGAGAUGCAUCGCUGGCCAAAGUCGAGCCUGCGAUUUCUGUCGCUACCCAGGGCCUGCCUCUGAAUUCACAAAAAGUGCCUGCCUCCGUGCUUACCUCACGAGAGCUUGAGUUGACGGAAAGCUAUACCGUGAAGCAAUUGCUAGCCAAGUUACGGAGUCGGGAGAUCAAGGUUGAGGAAGUCACGCGCGCCUUCCUACGUCGGGCUGCGGUUGCCCAAGCCUCUGUCAAUUGCUUAACAGAGCUACUAUGGGACCAGGCUUUGGAGCGCGCCAAAUACUUGGACUCAUUGCCCGAGCCCACAGGUCCUCUCUUUGGGCUGCCCAUCUCGACAAAGGAGCACCACGGCCAAAAGGGCGAGAACGUGGUUUCCAAUGCAUCGUAUGUUGCGUGGAUUGGUCAAGCCCACGGUUCAUGUCAGCUUUAUGACAUUCUGUGGGAUGCUGGCUGCGUGUACUUUGCCAGGACCACUCAGCCACAGACGAUCAUGCAUCUCGAAACUAACAGCAACAUUUACGGCCGCACUCUGAACCCAUAUAACCGCAAUCUCACGCCGGGUGGAAGCAGUGGCGGCGAGUCUGCACUGAUUGGCAUGAGGGGCAGUCUGCUCGGUGUCGGAGGAGACAUUGGCGGCUCAAUCCGCUGUCCGGCUGCACACUGUGGCAUAUAUGGCUUUAAGCCAACGUGCAAGCGGAUCCCUUCGGGUGGGGUACGAACUCACAUGGUAGGCAAAGAAGCGAUAUUGUCUACCUUGGGCCCGAUGACGGUGGACAGAGAAGCACUCCAGCUGUUUGUGGAUGUUGUGAUGGCCUCGGAACCUUGGCUGCUCGACCCGUCACUGACAGUGGGUUGGACGAAGUACAAGUAUGACAAACCUCUCAAAAUCGCUGUUCAGUGGACGGAUGGCGUUGUGCAACCACAUCCGCCAAUGAUCAGAGCAUUGAAAGAAGUUGUUGCAGCGUGUGAGGCUGCUGGUAUGGAGGUCGUUGACUGGGAUUGUACGGAGUUGCAGCAUGACAAAGCAUGGGAAAUUCUGUCCUCGCUUUACUGGACUGAUGGAGGUGAUGAGACUUUGGGACGACUCAAUGCAGCAGGGGAGCCGGUUCUGCCCCUCACAAAGUUCAUCAUCCAGGAGCAGCCCGCAGUGAAGUCUCUGACCCAGCACGAGCUUUGGGAAAGGACCAAACAGCGUGAUCAGUACCGCGACUUCUACGCAAAAGCCUGGAAUGCAGCAAGCAAAGACCGGCAGAUUGAUGUCAUACUGUGCCCGCCAUCUUUCUCAGCCGCAGUGCCGCACGACCAAAGCAAAUACUGGGGAUAUACUGCGCAGUGGAAUUUGCUCGACUACCCAGGCGCUGUUUUCCCUGUGACGACUGUCGAUCCUGAGAAGGACCCGAAGGACCAAACCUACAAGCCCAAGAACGCUCAGGACGAAUUCUGCUACAGUCUCUAUACCCCCGAGACAUACAAGGACGCUCCAAUCAGCUUACAGAUCAUUGGUCGGAGGAAUCACGAUGAGAAAGUUCUUGCUGCCCUCGAUGAGAUCGAAAAGGCAUUGGGCAGAUCAUAA